UCCAGUAACCUUGUCAACAGUGAUUCAGUCAGGGGAAAGUAAGCGGGUCAUGAACGUCGAGUCUGAAUUAUACAUUUCAUAGCUCGGAAAACGUUUGUCUUUUUAAACUUCAGGUUUUUUGGUGUUUCUUGGAAAUAUUUUCCACUCAGAAACGUCGCAUGAAUCUAAAUUUGGGACGGAGAGACCGACGCACCCAGGAAAUGGCUUCUUCCUCUCUGCCUGCCUCUCUGUUCCUGCUGUCUCUGGUUUUCUGGCAGUUUGUCGCUGCUGCAGAUCCGGUCACAGUCAAAGCUAAAGUUGGAGCAGAUGUCACUCUGCCAUGUAAAACUGCUGGGGACAAAGCUAUUGUACAGGCAGAGUGGAGCAGACCGGACCAGACCUCGGCGCCGGUUCUUCUCUACAAGAACAACAAGGUGGACGACAACCAGCUGGCUGCCUAUAAGGGCCGCACAUCUCUGCUGGACGUACAGAAAAGAGACCUGUCUUUGGUGCUGAAGAAAGUGGUGAGCAGAGACGCCGGAAAGUAUGAGUGCCGAGUUGAGCUGGGAGAAGGCACAGCAGCAGCAGGAGGAGGUACAAGAGGAGGUGCAGGAGGAGGAGGUACAGCAACAGGAGGUGCAGGAGGAGGAGGUACAGCAACAGGAGGUGCAGCAACAGGAGGUGCAGCAACAGGAGGUGCAGCAACAGGAGGUGCAGCAGCAGGAGGUGCAGAAGCAGGAGGUGCAGCAGCAGGAGGUGCAGCAGCAGGAGGUGCAGAAGCAGGAGGUGCAGAAGCAUUCGAUGCGUCAGGCGGCAGAGGACGCAGCCGCGCAAGAGGAAGGGUUCUGAAAAGUGCCCCAAUCAGCAUUGUUAUCCUGACAGUGGAAGGUGGGUCCAGCCACGGAGGAGACGGCCUUAGACCCAAAUCUGUCCUGCCAGUGGGCCUUCUGGCUCUGCUGGCUCUGAUUGCUGGACUGCAGUGAGCCACUGCAGCAGCACAGGUUCAUCCUGCAGGGGGCGCUGACGCUCUGAAAUAUUAAAUGUUAACUUUAAUCUCACAGCAGA